AUGCCCGUCAAGUCGCCCGCCUCGACCGGCAAUAAUGGCCAUAACAGUCACUUCAAUCAGAAGCUGAAGAAUUUCUUCCGCAUUAACUCCAAUAAUACCAAUGGUGAUAAGGAAAAGAGUCUCGACCAUGCCUUGAAGUCGGAGAGCAAGGUUGGCUUCCGUCAGUCGAGGAGAUUUUUCACCAACGUCGGCAGGAUUAGAUCGACUACCACGGCUAGCGAAGGACAUCCCCUAGACGAUGCACUCAGUCCCACCGCCAAUGCGAAUCCGUACUUCGCCCACCAAGGCCAGCCUGGCCUCCGCCAUCACGACGAAGCCUCCAUUCCGCCGAGUCCGCCGGAUACGCCAAGCCUAAAGAUACACGGCCCUGACGGUACGACGGCGAAAGAGCAGGCCACAAAUGCUACGAAAGAGGAGCUAGCUCGGAAACUACGGAGAGUUGCAAGUGCCCCUAAUGCUCAGGGUCUCUUCAACCAGGGAAACGGUAGCGGAGAGAGACCGGCCACAGCUGAACUCGGCAAGGAGCCGUUGAUUCAAGGCGAAAAUGCCGCUUCGUUAGGCUUUGUUGAUGCCAAGGCAACACUCGCCGCCGAUUCUGGAGGCCUUUCCGUACCGGAAAAUGAUGGACUCGGCGCGCUUCCUCCACCAAACCAGAACUCGCUCGCUUUUCGUAGGACGUAUAGUUCCAACUCGAUCAAAGUCCGCACCGUUGAAGUUGGUCCUGCCAGCUUUGACAAGAUCAAGCUCAUUGGAAAGGGAGAUGUUGGAAAAGUUUACCUUGUGAGAGAGAAGAAGAGUUCCAGGCUUUAUGCUAUGAAGGUCCUGAGCAAGAAGGAGAUGAUCAAACGCAAUAAGAUCAAGAGAGCAUUAGCUGAACAAGAAAUUCUGGCGACGAGUAAUCACCCAUUCAUCGUGACAUUAUACCAUUCCUUCCAAUCCGAAGACCAUCUAUACCUGUGCAUGGAAUAUUGCAGUGGUGGAGAAUUCUUCCGAGCAUUGCAGACUCGUCCUGGCAAAUGCAUUCCCGAAGAUGACGCCCGCUUCUAUGCUGCGGAGGUUACGGCCGCUCUAGAAUAUCUUCAUCUAAUGGGUUUUAUCUACAGGGAUCUAAAACCUGAGAAUAUUCUUCUCCACCAGUCAGGACAUAUCAUGCUUUCCGACUUUGAUCUCUCAAAGCAGUCGGAUCCGGGUGGGAAGCCUACUAUGAUUAUGGGCAAGAAUGGCGCCAGCACUUCGUCACUCCCUACGAUAGAUACGAAGUCGUGUAUCGCCAACUUCCGGACGAAUUCGUUCGUAGGAACCGAAGAGUACAUCGCUCCGGAAGUCAUCAAAGGCAGCGGCCACACAAGUGCUGUAGAUUGGUGGACAUUGGGCAUAUUGAUAUACGAGAUGUUGUACGGCACUACGCCUUUCAAGGGCAAGAAUCGUAACGCGACUUUUGCCAACAUCCUCCGAGAGGAAAUACCGUUUCCGGAACACUCUGGAGCACCCCAGAUUUCAAAUCUCUGCAAGUCAUUAAUAAGAAAGCUCCUAAUAAAAGAUGAGACGAGACGAUUAGGUGCGAGAGCCGGAGCUUCCGAUAUCAAAGUGCAUCCGUUCUUCAGGACAACGCAAUGGGCCCUGAUUCGACAUAUGAAGCCGCCGAUAGUUCCGCACGCGGGCCGUGGUGUCGACACAGUCAACUUUAGAAACGUUAAAGAGAGUGAAAGCGUUGAUAUCACCGGCUCGAGACAGAUGAAGGGUGUACCGUUGGACAGCGGACUGGCAACACCCGGCAACGAAGCAGCCGACCCAUUCGAAGAAUUCAAUAGUGUAACAUUACACCACGAUGGCGAUGAUUACGACAGCGACAGGUGA